GCACUGGGAGGCCUCUGGAGCUGCCGCCGCUCCCAUGGACCAUCCCCCUGCCAACACUGCACACACAGACCCACACACACUCGCACACAUCCUGGGAUCCGAGCCGCCACUUGGUGCGGCCCCUCGCUCUCCAGCCUCACGUCCCCCCAUGCAUGUUCUGGGAAACCCUGGUGGGCUCGGGCCACUCCGGUGGGAGGCCCAGGACAGCUGAAGCUGAGUGGAGCCAGAUGUGCCUGCUCGGCCAGCCGCGGAUGCCCCGUUCCCAAGGUGACCCGGGUUCCCCCCUGCCAGCCAACAUGGCUGGGGCUAGCUGGCCGAGGGACGUGGGCAGCGCCUGAUCUGGGCUCUUGGACGUCCAGGAACCAUGAGGCGGUGGCGGUGGCUGCGGCUCCGGGGGGACGUGUUCUGCACCCUGCUCCUGGGGGCCACACUCUGUGGCCUCCUCUACUUCCAGCUGGAACUGGGGGCCCCGGGCCCCAGCCUGCCCAAAGCUCGCCCAAAAGCGUCUGCGCCGCCAAGGGUCUUCUCCCAGGCCGGUCCGGAGGCGGAAGGGCGGGUUGGGGCCUGGGGGUCCCUGCUUCAUUACGAGGCCGACACGCCAGAGCCCCCCACUCCCCCGGACCCAUUUGACUUCGAUCAGUACCUGCGUGACAAGGACCGGCGUGACUUCGACCUGCUCAUCAACCAGCCGCACAAGUGCCAGGGCUUGCCCUCCAGGGGGCCCGACCUCCUCAUCGCCGUCAAGUCGGUGAUGGAGGACUUUGGGCGGCGGGAGGUGGUGCGCCAGACAUGGGGCCGGGAGGGGCUGGUGCGCGGGGCGUGGGUGCGCCGGGUCUUUCUGCUGGGGGUGCCCCGGCCCGGGGUGGCGCCGGGCUCCUGGGAGAGCCUGCUGCAGCAGGAGAGCGGGGCCUACGGGGACAUCCUCCUCUGGGCCUUCCAGGACACCUUCUUCAACCUGACCCUCAAAGAGCUGCACUUCCUGGCCUGGGCCGACACCUACUGCCCCGCCGCCCACUUUGUUUUCCAAGGUGACAUUGAUGUCUUCGUUCAUGUGGAGAACCUGCUGACCUUCCUGGAGCCCCGGGACCCGUCCCGGGCCCUGCUAGUCGGGGAUGUGAUCUUGGAUGCGCAGCCCAUCCGGGCCCGGAACAGCAAGUACUACAUCCCCAAGAAAGUGUACGGGCUGGGGGUAUACCCGGCCUACGCGGGUGGCGGGGGCUUCCUGCUCUCCGGAGCCGCCGUGCACCAGCUGAGCCGGGCCUGCCGCGAGGUAGAGCUCUUCCCCAUUGACGACGUCUUCCUGGGCAUGUGCCUGCAGCGCAUUGGCCUGCGGCCCGAGCCCCACAGCGGCUUCCGGACCUUCGGCAUCCCGCGGCCCUCGGCUGCCCCGCACCUCCAGCCCUUUGACCCCUGCUUCUACCAGGACCUCAUGGUCGUGCACAGCCUGACGGGAGCCGAGAUCUGGCUCAUGUGGCAACUGCUGCACGGGCCCCCGCUGGACUGUGCGCGGCGGGGGCGUGUCCAGGAGCCCUUUCGUUGGGUCGGUGGGAAAGGGGCCGCUUAGUGUCUGGAAGCUGAGCUUGGGGGUGGAGGUUGGGGUGCUCUGACUCCAGAGCGGAGCUCCCU